AUGAAGCUGCUGGAUGUUCUGCUGGUGGUUCUGUUGGUACCGAGAGGCAUCUGUCCUAAACCUCUACAGAAGCUUCAGAGAACUGAGUACCUGGAGUGUCCAGAACCGUGUGAUCAGAACCAGAACCCAGCGGAACCCAGAACUUCACUCCAGACCCAGAGUGCGUCUCAGCGGGGAGGUGGAGGUUCUCUCUCCUCCCUCCAGGCUAAGCUGAAUCCCCCGGUUCUAAAGGUCAGUCUGUCCCCGGGUUCUGGUGGGCGGGGCAGGUGUGGUCUGAGGCAGGUACAGGUGAGGGUAUCGGAGGUGGGGCUGGGUUACCUGAGUGAGGAGGAGCUGAUCUUCAGGUACUGCAGUGGGCGGUGUCUCGGCUCCACCAACUACGACAGGAUCCUCGGCAGCCUCGCCGCUACCGGCGUCCUGCAGGGGGCGCCUCCCCCCGCCUGCUGCAGACCCACCGCGUACGAGCGCCGCCUCGCCUUCCUCGACCAACACCUGUCCUAUCACCUGCUGAAGAAGCACUCGGCCCGGAGAUGCGGUUGCGUUUAAGGUGGACAUGUUCUAUUCCACCUUAAAUGGUGAAAAAAAAAACUCUCGGACUGUGUGGAGUCGAUGUGGUUUCAGACUGUG